AUUCGUCCUUCACUUGGAUAGCCGGCUCACAUGCUCUUUCUUGUUUUUCAUUGUUUUGAAAGUUUUUUUUUGUUCCAACAUCAAUACCAAAUUGUUUUCAAUUAAGAUUUAUUCGUUAAUUUUUUGAAAGACAAACAAAAUUGAUUAAAAAUGUCCGGACGUGGUCAAAAAAUCCAAAAGGUUAUGGUUCAACCCAUCAAUCUAAUUUUUCGAUACCUACAGAAUCGUGCAAGAAUUCAAGUUUGGCUUAACGAAAAUAUCAAUCUUCGUAUCGAAGGUCAUAUUAUUGGUUUCGAUGAAUAUAUGAACUUGGUGCUUGAUGAUGCCUACGAAGUAAAUCAAAAAAGUAAUACAAGAAAAAAAGUUGGUUGUAUCCUGCUUAAAGGCGAAAACAUAACCUUAAUAAUGAACACCGAGCAGGCCAACUAAUCAAAUAGUAUUCGGUUAAUAUCAUCACCAUUUUGGAACAGUUUUUUGCUUUAACUUGAUGACCUCAUCAACAUCAUAACCAUCUUUAUUAUCGUAAACAUUGUAAUUGUAUUUCAU